ACCGACCUCAUCGCUGCCAGAGAGCUACAACGCAAGGGCCACAGCAUCAUCGUCUUCGAGCGCGGCACCGGGGUCGGAGGAACCUGGAUCUACAGUCCCGAAACCGAAUCCGACCCGCUAGGUUCGGAUCCGACCCGGUACGUUGUACAUACGAGCCUCUACGACUCCCUGCGCACUAACCUCCCCAGAGAAUGCAUGGGAUUCUUCGAUUACCCCUUCGUCGCGGUCGAAGACGGCCGUGAGGGCGAUAGCCGGAGGUUCCCACGUCAUCAGGAGGUUCUGAGGUACCUAGAGGAUUUUGCGAGGGAUUUUGAGGUACUGGAAGUGGUGAGGUUUAGGACGGAGGUGGUGAGGGUUGAGAUGGAGGAGGAAGGGAAGUGGGCGGUCAGAUGGAGGAGGGUAGCAGCUGGGGAGGAUGGAGGCGGUGAGAUCACCGGAGGAGGUGAGGAUCAGGUGGAGGAGGAGGAGGAGGAGGAGAUUUAUGAUGGGGUUGUUGUUUGCAACGGCCACUACACUGAGCCUCGCCUUGCUGCCAUCCCUGGAAUUGACAUCUGGCCUGGCAAGCAAAUGCAUAGUCAUAACUACCGUGUCCCUGAGCCAUUCCGUGAUCAGGUUGUGGUGAUAAUUGGGUCUGCUGCUAGUGCAGUUGAUAUCUCAAAUGAGAUUGCUCAAUUUGCUAAAGAAGUUCAUGUUGCUAGUCGAUCAGACACUGAAGGCACUCCUAAAAGGCAGCCUGGAUACGGCAAUUUGUGGCUUCAUUCCAUGAUAGAAAGCACCCAUGAAGAUGGCACUGUGGUUUUCCAAGAUGGAAGUUCAACUCAUGUUGAUGUCAUCAUGCAUUGUACCGGGUACAAAUAUCACUUCCCUUUCCUGCAAACCCAUGGUAUUGUGACCGUGGAUGACAACAGAGUUGGCCCACUGUAUAAGCAUGUUUUUCCUCCCGCACUCGUCCCGUAUCUGUCUUUCAUUGGAAUACCUUGGAAGGUUGCUCCUUUCCCUCUGGUCGAACUACAGAGCAAGUGGGUAGCUGCUGUUUUAUCUGGACGAGUUUCACUUCCAACACGAAAAGUGAUGAUGGAAGAUGUGGACGCCUUCUACAAAGAACUGGAAACUGCUGGAUACCCCAAGAGAUAUACUCAUAUUAUGACAAAUUACCAGUAUGAGUACAUCGACUGGCUUGCAAAUGAAUGUGGGUAUCCUCCCACCGAAGAGUGGCGAAAGCUGAUGUACAAGGCAACGAGCAAGAACAGGAAAGAGCGGCCUGGGAGUUACAGGGAUGAAUGGGAUGAUGACCAUUUGGUUGCACAAGCGCAUGAAUAUUUUAAGAGGUUCUUUAAGUAAUACUUACUUUGGUUCACCACAUUUUCAAUAUAAUCUUAUAUACCGAAUGAUUAAUAAUAAUAAUAAUAAAAUUUGGGCAGUGAAAGUCUGUAUAUGGGACUGUUUUCUGAUGAUAAUGAAACUAGAAUGAGGUUUCGAUA